CACACAGACACAGAGCUCCAGGCUACACGUUGCUGGCCAAUCAAUAAGAGGACCUCGUUUUGAAACUGAACAUGAGCAGGAGACGACGGUGUAAACAGCAGCUGGUGAAGUUCAUCCAGCACAUCCACCAACUUGUAACAGGAACUUUAAACUCAGACCAUGAAGAUGAGGAGGAGGACGGGACCGUGGCGCGCCAUCGCCGUCCUGUUGAUUUGGAGCGAUUACUCAAUCAGAGCCGCUUCACCAAGAGAGAGCUCCAGAUUCUCUACAGGGGUUUCAAAAGCGAGUGUCCCAGCGGCCUUGUGAAUGAGGAUGCCUUCAAAACCAUCUAUGCUCGGUUCUUCCCUGGUGGAGAUGUAUCAAAAUAUGCUCAUUUUCUCUUCAGUGCCUUUGAUACAGAUCAGAAUGGCAUAGUGAGUUUUGAGGAGUUCGUAAGAGGCCUGUCUGUUCUGCUGCGAGGCUCUGCCGAGGAAAAGCUGUGCUGGGCCUUCAACCUGUAUGACCUCAACAAAGAUGGACACGUCACUAAAGAGGAAAUGCUGGAUGUAAUGAAAGCUAUUUAUGAUAUGAUGGGGAAGAAUAUUCCUCCACUGCUGAAAGAGGAGAUACCCAGGCGACAUGUUGAGAUUUUCUUUCAAAAAAUGGACCAGAAUCAGGAUGGUGUGGUUACUGUUGAAGAAUUUAUUGAUACCUGUCAAAAAGAUGAAAAUAUAAUGAAAUCUAUAGGAAUUUUUGAGAACACCAUCUAGGAGCAGUUUCACUGCUUGGACAUGACAGCCUUCGGCUCUUGAGGGUAUCUGAAGCCAUCCAUGGACACUGUGGCCGGUCUGUCAUUCAUGAACUCAGCUCUGUGUCCACAUUUUGGUUUGGUACUGAGCAGCCAGGAGCUUUGAGCUGUUAUAUACUUCACCACAUUAAAGCGAUAGUUUGACGAAAAAUCUAAAUUAUUCAAAUGUGCACACGUAUGGACACACAUCACAUUUGCUCUCGCUUGAUAACUAAUGCUUUUUUAUAUACAGCAGUGUGUCAUACAGUGUCAGAAACCACAUAAGCAAGUCUAUUUAAGAAUACUUAUGAACGCAACACAGUUUGAGGUGUGUGAUAAUUUAGGCCUGCAGUUUGCAAGACACUAAUUAAAGAGCAGUGUCGUUGUAGUCAAGACCACUAGUCCAAUUCAAGACUGAGACACCAGAUUAAGCUUUUUUAUUUUUAUAAAGCAGACAAAACUUUGAAAUUUGUUUGUAGUUCAUAUUACAUUCUUUAUAAUUCCUUGUGGAAGCAAAUAAUGUUAAAACCAAUACAAAUCCGAGACCAUUAAUUUACAGUCUUAAGGCCAGAAUUGAGAGCAAGAUCGGACUCGAAUACUACAACACUAGCUCUAAUCACGCUAAUAUGCUCUGUAAGCACUACAAUUAAUUUUUAAAGAAUAUAUUUGGAGGCAUUCAUUCGUUUUAUUGUAAAAUCCAGGUGUCCUGGGCAUAGUUGCAGUUGUAGGCUAUGAAGGCUCAACUGGGUCAAUUAAUUUGCUACUGAGAUACAAUUUUGCAUCUCCAGUUACUUAAGAAUAUUAAAGACAAAAGUUUGCUCAUUGUGGGUGAAGUAGGCUUAGCAAUGAACAUAAGCUUAAAAUCAUAAUAAUGUUUUUUCAGGGACACCUUAGAACAGGCAUGUCAAACUGGGGACCUUCCGGGCCAAAGUGAGAUUAACAUUUAUCCUCAUCUAACUGAAUCAGGAGUGUUUGAUGAAGCAGAGUGCUGAAGUUUGCAGAGUUUUGGCCCGCAAGGACUGGAUCCUGACACAUGUGCCCUAGAAUUUUGAUGUUGAGAUAUUCAGGUAUUUCGUGCCUUGUUUAUGAUGGAUUACUUUUAAGAGUAGCUGCCUUUACACUUGUUAGCUACAUUUGGCAAACCAGUGCAUUUGACUCAGCCUUGUUCAUCACGGAGGCACAAGUAUAUUUGAUGCAGUAUUGCACACAGUUUGAAAUUUGGCACUGUUACGCUGUUAAUGCAAAGUUUUACAAUGGGGUGAAAAAGUGCACUUUGCUUACUGAAGGUGUUAUAAUUGCAGUAACAUAUUUGUGUAUAUUAUUUAUCUCAGGUUGUAUCAACAAUACAUUUUUUCUGAUAUACAUUCAGUAGACAUAUAUUAUGGCUAUUGCUUGUUAGUAUCAGUCAUCAUUUCGGAGUAUUUCUUUAUGGCAUCAGACAAUAUUUCCGCGAUGCCUUGUGAUUGGAACUUGAAAAAAGAAUGUAAAUUUAGAUAAUUAAAGGCCCCAUAUCCUGGAAUUAUCUUCACUUUUUUAUUGUUUUAAAUAAAAGGGUAUAUAAACAUCAAACAGUCCAUAUGUGCCAGCUGAAGUGCAAAUUCAACCUGUUUUGGAUUCAUUAGUUUUGUGGUGUCGACAUAACCAUUGCACUUAUGUAUAUCUGCCUACAGCAGGUUUGCCCCGCCCACUCACACUGAAGUGAAAUAUAUUAUGUCCAUAUAAUAGGUAUAAUACAGGCCAGCCAGUCAGAACAGAGGCCAUUUACAUAUAACAAUCUUAAAGGCACAGUAAUAAGUAACAGCCUAUUCUAAGGGAUUGGAAAGUGGCCAUGAUAAAAUGCUUUUGGUACAUAAAAUCCAUACAAAACUAGAAAGAGAGUUUGUUAAAAC